AUGGCACGCACGAAACGAACUGCCCAAGCCGCGGCUGAGGAGACCUUGAACCCUCCCGACACCCUCGAGAAGAACCAGGCCAUCGUGCGCGUCAUCAAGGCCGAGGGCAACAACCUAUACAACUGCGAGCUGCCCAACAAGAAGGACCUCGUUCUCGAACUGGCCCAGCGUUUCCGCAACACCAUCUGGAUCAAGCGCGGCGGGUAUGUGCUGGCGGAGCGGUACGACGAGGCAGACGGUCGGGUGAUGGGCGAGAUCAUUAACGUCGUCCGCGAUGAGAAGGCCUGGCGCAAGCAGCCCUACUGGCCCAAGGAGUUUGCCAAGACCAGGUACGAAGACGAAGAAGACGAGAGCGAUUCCAACGUCGGCAAGAUGCCGCCAUCCGACUCCGAAGACGAGUAUUGA